GCAGGCUAAGUUAUAUUUUGAAUGACCAUGCACUGUGUUAUCCAAGCAUUAUGUUAUCCAUAUCUGCACAAAACAUAUUGGUCAAAAAAGCUUGUUUAAAUACGUCAAAACAUGUUGCUACUAUAAUUACAUUCAAGACACCGAUUGAAUUAUUGUGAAAUAUAAUGGAGGAACAGGUCAUCAAAAAAAUUGAGGAUAACAGAAGGAUACAUACUUAUCCACUGUUAAAACAUAGUGAUAUGAAUGAAGAUAUGCAAACUGAAGUAAUGGAAUUGUGUGUAACUGCAUGCGAAAAAUUUUCAACUGAUAACGAAGCAGCUUCACGUUUUGUAAAAGAGUCAAUGGACAAAAAGUUUGGUGCAGCUUGGCAUGUGGCCAUUGGAGAAGGUUUCGGUUUUGAAAUUACAUAUGAUAUCAAAAACAUCCUGUACAUGCUCUGUGGAGGGAAUUUAGGCAUAAUUGUUUGGAAGUGUUGCUGAUGAUAUGUGAAUACCACAAAACGCAGUUGGAACAAGAGUCUGCGUAAGGAUGAAAAAAGCAUUUUUUCAAGAAUUUCAAUUUCCCAGAAAAGCCUCUCUGUGUGAAAUUUUCAAACUUUUGCUACCAUUCGGAGUUUCGCUAGGUGAAAAUUAAGCGUAGUGAUAAAUUACCUCUUAAAAAAUCUUUUUUCUAAUUUUGUUCACUACCUUGAAAUAAUCAUGUAACAUUUUAUAUUCCCCUCACAAAAUACAAAACUUCAAUUGGUAU